AUGGCAUGUCCCGGCCUCGCUCUGACUCUGCUAAACCUCCGCCGAAGUGCUCGCAGUAACCCCCACCACUCUAUCGCGUCUCUCCCUUUCUUUAUUCCAUAUCUUUCUCUUCUAUCUAAACUUUACCUGCAAGACUGCGAAUGCUUCGGCCACUCCAACCGAUGCAGCUACAUCGAGCUGCUUAACACCGUCAUAUGCGUCAGCUGUAAGCACAACACUAGGGGGCAGCACUGCCAGCUAUGCAAGCUGGGCUUCUUCCGCAAUACUACGGCCGAACUGGACGAUGAAAAUGUGUGCAUAGUGGCCCCGGGAGCAGCAGCUGAAGCCCGUCACAAGGGCUUACGAAUCAGCCAGGCGUUACACACACCCCUCCCCAGACACUUCCCCUUCACAUACACAUAUGCGGCCUGGGCCUCGGACGUCACCUUUGUCCUCAUGGAUGACCCGUGGGUGCUACGGGGCCGGGGCAUGUGA